AUGUAUGCAUUAAUCUCAGCCGCAAUCUUUCCGUUUGCUUCUUUCCGACUAAUUCCCGGGUCUCCAUCCGAAGCACAAGUUGUCAUGCAGAACGACGCAGGUGACUUUGUUGAUUUGUAUAUUCCGAGACGCUGUGCUGUAACAAAUCGGCUUAUUGGAGUUAAAGAUCAUGCUUCAAUACAAUUGCGGUUCGUGGAGUUGGACUCUAUUACUGGUCGCAUGACAAAUGGAAUAAAAUCCUACGAUAUCGCCGGUGCUGUACGACGCAUGGGUGAGAGUGAUGAAUGCAUAAACCGAUUAGCUGUACGAGAUGGUCUCCUGCCUCGAAACUUCUGCGAUCGGUCAUAAUGUUAAGUCAUGUGGCAUUCGAAUAAACGUCCUUG